CUGUUGCUGAGGCAGCAGAGUUGCCUGCUGCUCUCAGGUGCCUCACAUGUCAGUAAAACACCGGCAGCCUUCUUAAAAACAGCUUUGUUUUGUUUUUAUUUUAAAAUCACAAUGUCUUGGGCUAAAGCCGUGUCUCUCAGCGGGGAAGACGUGUUCGACGAGCAUGGAGACGAGCUGAAUUUACAGAGUAAAGAGUGGACGUCCAACAUGAAGAAGCGAGUCCGGGACGGCUAUGUGGACGGAGUUGAUGCCGGGGAGGAGGCCUCGCUGCAGGACGGAUUCAACCAGGGCUUCAGGGAGGGAGCAGCUCAGACUGCGGCUGUGGGUCGCCUCAAAGGAAUCAUCAGUGCUAUAUGGUGCUGGUGCCAGAUUGAGCAUCCGGAAAACCCCGUCCCAGCCUCAGUGACCGACCUGCUGCAGUUGGUUAGUCAGCAUGAAGACCAAGUCGUGGAAGGCCUCAAGAGGGUUUUGGAGAAUCCUCCUCCCAGUGUGAGCGACAUCUCCGAGAGCAUGGAGGACCUGGAGGUGGAGCAGGCUCGUCCGGGUGACUGUAGAGAGGGAUGUAAAGAAACGGACUGCUGCCAGAGAGCAGAAAGCAUGGACCAGGACGUUCCUCACCAGCCACAGAAGCUGCGUUCAAGGUCCACUGACUGUUCCUCCAGCUCAGGUGAAGGUCUGAGCCUCCUCCUGCAGCGCUGUGUGGACGUAGCGCUGGAGCUCGGGCUGCCACAGGAGCUGAUCGGUCACAUACAGGAGCUAAAGAGCCUGUAGCGACUGAAAGAUCUGGGAACAAUCACAGCGAGUCUGAAUGAUGAUGAUACUUAAACUGUUAAACAGUUUUGUUUUGGUGUGAUUUUUUACACACAGAAUGACAAAUGCUUGAUGUAUAUAAUGUUCAUAUCAUUUUUUGCAUUUUUCAAGCUGAUAUUUUGAGAAAGUUUAGAAAUAAACAUAAAGUUUGUUACCACCUAUCCAUGCUGUACAUGCCCUGGUACAUGAAGGAGAAUUUAUUCCAUAUUCAUAUUUUCUGUUAUUUACACAUCUGUUUAUUUAGUCUAUAUAAACCCUGAAGAAUUGUUACAUUUUGAAAUUAAAAUUGAAUAAAACAUCAGUUUAAAUUAA